AUGUUCUUCAAAAAAUUGGCUUUUUUUUCUUCUUUUUUCGCUUUCAUCAGUUUAAUCGUUGCUACGAUUAUUGUUCCCACUCCUUACAUUUAUUUGCAACGAAUCCAUUCAUCGCUUGAAACUGAAUUUGAUUUUUGCCUCCAUCGAAUUGAAUAUUUAUGGAAAGAACUUGAUGAGAUCACCGUUGAUCCGAACAGUGAGAUCCGAAAUGCCCGAAAUAAGAGGCAUUCCUCGCAAAAUCGACGAUCUCCAUCAUCUAGUCUUAAAAAAAAUCACAUUCGUACCUAUGGCGCAAGUGGAUCACGGCCAUUUUCGAUUUUAUCGCGUCAAGGUUCCUUAAAUCCUCGAAAGACACCUCGUGUUCGGCUUAAGAAAUAUCGAAAUGAUAUAGUAUAUCAUUACCCCAUUUAUAGCAAACGAUAUUCUUAUCAACCGCUUUCUUAUCAACAAUCUCCUGUUCAUAUGCCAUAUGUUGGAACUUCAACACCUGACUAUUUUGCUAUAAAAUCAGAAUCUUUUUGUUGUAACUGUGGCAUUGGCCCUCCAGGGCCACCUGGCGAUCCGGGAAUAGAUGGGAUUCCUGGAUUUGAUGGAAUUCCUGGAAAGGAUGGUACACCAGGUUUUGAAGAAUCGUUUAAUAAACGGUUCUAUCACAUAUGCCCACCAGCGCCGCAAGGUCCACCAGGAAAAAUGGGGCCCAAAGGCUUACCUGGGCGCAUUGGGAAGCACGGAAUUUCAUGGUUUCCUAAACCAGGUCCUCCAGGUCCUGCUGGCAUACCUGGGCCAUCUGGUCCCCCUGGUGCACCGGGUAGGAAAGGAGAACGUGGGCCUCCUGGCACGAUAGGUCCAAAAGGACCACCUGGCCUUUCUGGACGUUUGAAAUCCGGUCUGCCUGGUCCACCUGGGGACUCUGGUUCAGCUGGUCAGAGAGGGUUGCCUGGAGUAUUGGGCUUACCUGGUGUAGUUGGUGAGAAAGGGCGUAAGGGAAGUUGCGACCAUUGUCCGGUGCCAAGAGUUCCACCUGGAAACAUGGAAAGUGAUCCAAAGAUAAAAUUAUAUGAGGCAGAAAAUUUAAAGAAAAAUGUAUUCUUUGGUAUUACUAUAUCGACAGUAGCCACCUUAACCGCGAUCAUUGCUGUUCCUAUGCUGUAUACUUAUGUACAAUAUAUACAGUCAAGCCUUGUCACUGAAAUAGACUUCUGCCACCAUCGAACAGACGGCCUUUGGGAACAGUAUGCUAAGAUUGAAACAAUCCGGGGAAAUCAUGGGCGCCUGAAGCGUGCAACUCAUCAUCGAGCAUCAGGCGUAACUUCACAGAGAGCUCAUGGUGGCCGCAAUUUCUACCAACAAUCAAUUGGAGUUGAUGACUGGAGUGGAGGGAUCGGGGACGGAAGUUGUUGCAGCUGUGGAGUUGGCAACGCAGGUCCAGCUGGCUUGCCUGGGCUUGAUGGUGAAGAUGGAAGGGAUGGUGCACCUGGGCCGGAUGGGCCACCGGGUGCAGACUCUUUAUCAAAUCGUUUUCCAAGUGCGACUGAUUUCUGCUUCGACUGCCCACCUGGCCCACCUGGAUCGCCUGGUCGACCUGGGCCAAAGGGCCAACCAGGAUUUCCAGGCCAAAAUGCUGAUGGGUCGGCUGUAGGCCCACCAGGUCCACCUGGUCCGCCAGGUCCACCUGGGCCACCAGGAUAUACUGGGCCUGCUGGUCGUAAAGGACCACCAGGAGCACCAGGACAGAUAAACGAAGCUUCCGGCAGCCAAGGCCCACCUGGACCUGUAGGGCCUCCUGGACUUCCAGGUAAUGAUGGAGCAGCUGGUCGACCAGGCAUUUCACUACCAGGACCACCAGGACCGCCAGGCGAUAGAGGAAGAGAUGGCAGGCCGGGUAAUGCAGGAGUGCCAGGAAGUCCCGGCAUGUCAGGUGAACAAGGAUCACAUGGUAGAUGCGAUCACUGUCCGAUACCACGUACUGCUCCUGGAUAUUAG